AUGGGUUGCGGCGCAUCUUCCGCAACAUCAGUCUGCUAUGUCCAUCCGAGCUGGACCUCAUCUGGGUCUACCAAAGUGCCGGCGCUUGACCAGGGGGGACAUGUGAACUGCCUCAUUAUUGGUGCCGGGUUUUCGGGCCUGUCUUGUGCCAACGAGAUCUGCAAACACAACAAAGGGCUGUCGGUCCACAUCCUGGAAGCAUCUGACCGGAUUGGAGGCCGAUGCGUCACGGACAAGGAUGGGGUAGACCUCGGCGGGCAGUACGUGGGCUACAAGCAGCACCACGUGCUCCGACUUGCGGAGGAGAUGGGGACCACGGCAUUCAAGAUCUACAAAGAGGGCGAGGCCCGGUUUAUGUUUGGCGGCCCCAGCCAGGCGUGGGAUGACGACCUGCCGCCUUUGCCUGGACAGGGCCAGCAGUACGUGCAGAGGCUGUACACCGAGUUGGACAAGCUUGCGAAGAGCAUCAACUUUGAAGAGCCCGAGCAGACGAAGAUGGAGGCCCUGGACAAGACCACCUUCCGUGACUGGUGCCAGCAGGUGUGCCCAGGAAUGGACCGUGAUGCGGUGAACGCCCGCAACGUACUGGAGAACAUGUUCGAGGGGGGUGCCUGUGCAGACGCCUCGCAGUUCUCCGUUCUGGGAGUGGCGUAUCAGGUACACUCGGAAGGCGGGCUGAGAGCCAUGAUGUCAGGGGGGAUCGAGGACCACAAGAUUGCAGGUGGAAUGGGUGGACUCUGCGAGAGGCUGUGGAAGAGCCUGCCUUCUGACCUUGUCUCGCUGAAGUCCCCCGUGAAGUGCAUCGACUACACAGACACUGGCAGCAAGGGUCCGGUCAAGAUCACCUACCAGCGGGCUGACGGCAGCACGGCCAGCGUGACCGCCGACUACGUCGUGCUGAGCACACCGCCGAAUCAGACGUUGAAGAUCGAGUUCCAGCCACCACUGCCGCAGAUGAAGGCAGAGGGCUGGUCCCAGUGGCCGAUGGGGCAGGUGAUCAAGACCGUGGUCCAGUACAAGACACCAUGGUGGCGCAACAAGGGCCUCAGCGGAGAGGCCUCCUGCGAUGUAGGCCCUGUCACGAACUCCAUGGACGACAACAUCGCUAGCGACACCCUGCCGGCACUGCUGGGGUUCAUCCCCGGGCGCCUGGCGCUGCAAUGGGGCCAGGCGACCUCUGAGGAGCGCAAGAAUGCCGUGCUGCAGCAGUACGCGCAGAUGUACGGGGACCAGAGGGCGAUCACGGAGUGUGUGUGCUACAAGGAGAAGAACUGGGCGGACGAGCCGUACAUUGGCGGCGGCUACGGCUGCGUAGCGCUGCCCGGCGCCACAGUCAAGUACCCGUUCGAUCAGCUGUUUGCCCCGAUCGCCGAUGAGAAGAUCCGCUUUGCGGGCAGUGACUCCAGUGACCACAUGGGCGGGUAUGUGGAUGGAGCGAUCAAGGCGGGGGAGCGUGAGGGACGGAAUGUGCUGGUGUGCCAAGGCCUGCUCCCGAAGUCUGAGUACAACAACUACAAGGACCCUGGCUCCUCCAAGCUGAUCAAGAAGAGCAUCUUCAAACCCGGCUUGGAAUCCAUUGCAGCGCUCCUCUGGGAAUAUCUAUGA